AUGUUGGAAUUCAGAAACUUUGUACAAAAGCUUGAUGUAGUUGGCUGCAAGCCAUCGAAAGGAUGGUUCACUUGGACAAAUAGACGGAUGGGUUUCUCCAACAUUGUUGAACGCUUGGACAAAUUUUUGAUCAGUUCAUAUUGGUUGAAGGAAGAUAUACAAGUUUCAACUAAAACACUCCCAUACAGUGUCUCAGACCAUUUCCCAGUACAACUGGAAAUUGGCUCAAAGAUCCAAGGGGGCAGCGACUAUUUCAAGUUUCAAAACAUGUGGUGGAGAGAUGCAUCAAUUAGGGAAAAUAUGGAAAAAUGGUGGAGUCAAUGCAAUCAUAUGAGAGGUACGCCAAGUUUCUAUUUCAUAAAAAAGAUUGCUUAUAUUAAAAAUCAACUUAGAAUUUGGAAUAGGGAGGUUUUCAAAAAUAUUUUCUCUGAGAAAGAAAGAAUCGAGGCCGAGUUAGAGGCUUUAAAUUUGAUAUUUUUAGUCGAGGGUAUGAAUCAAGAUGAUUACAUUCAUGAAAAGGAGUUGAUUUCCAUGCUAUCAGAGAUAUUAACUAGAGAAGAAAUCUAUUGGAAAGACAAAGCCAGAGAGAUGUGGAUCAAGGAGGGUGAUAAGAACACAAAGUUCUUUCAUGCCUCAGUUAAGGCCAGGAGGGCACAAAAUCAAAUCAAUGAAAUUGUCUCUAAGGAUAGAGUUCCUCAUAGGGAUAGAGAUAGCAUUGGGUUGGUGGCAGUUGCCUACUUCAAGAAAAUCCUAAAUGUUGAUGGAUUGAGAGAGGAGCAUUAUGCAGAUAAGUUGUUGGAGGCCAUUCCUAGGUUAGUUUCAGAUGAGGAUAAUCAAAUGUUAAUGGAACCUUUUACGAAAGUUGAAGUCUAG